ACCGCAGCUCGUUCGUCGUCUGCUCGUAUCGAAGCUUCAUCAUCAGGUGAGACGAGGCGGGUGGUUUCCUACCGCGACGACGGACCGAACAGCCUGAAGAAGUCGAUGCUACGAAUUAAAGCACGUGACGUGGAGUUCGUCCGCAACGAGCGAACUUUUAGUUUCGACAGCGCAGCGCGUAACAACGCGCGUGAAGCGAGUCCACGGCGCCGCACGACACGUUUAAAGUGUGUUAUUUCAACCAAACGUGGGGAAUAAACGGGGAAACUUCGCAGAAUGGUCGGUGGGUGUUCGGUGGAAACCGGGCAAUGAUUAACCCGAGUCUGCGCCAGAAGAAGGUGUGUUCAGGUACAAGGGUUCCCUGCGACGUGCAGAGGGCGAGCUGCACACGUGGUUCUGGUUCUGGUUCUGCUGGUUUGCAUGAUGUCGGCCGUGGAGACGACGGAGGGGAGCGUGCAGGUGCGCAGCUGCAACGCGCCGCUCUUCUACCGGCAGAGUCGACCUGCCGCCGGGGAGGCGAGGGCGUCGGUCCUGCUGCUCCACGGCAUCCGCUUCUCCUCAGAGAACUGGCUCAGCAUCGGCACCCUGGAGGCUCUGGCCAGAGCCGGCUGCCGAGCAGUGGCCAUCGACCUGCCGGGGCUCGGUCGGUCCAAGGCGGCAGAGGCCCCGGCGCCGGUGGGGGAACCGGCCCCCGCUGGUUUCCUGAAGGAGGUGUGCGAGGAGCUGGGCCUGAGCCCCGUGGUGGUGGUGAGCCCGUCGCUCAGUGGGAUGUACUCCCUCCCCUUCCUCAUGCAGCACCAAGCCCUGGUGCGCGGCUACGUCCCCGUCGCUCCCAUCUGCACCGACAGGUUCACCCCGGAGCAGUACGCGAGUGUCAAGGUCCCGGCGCUGAUCGUUUACGGGGACCAGGACACGCAGCUGGGGGAGGUGUCGCUCCGCAACCUGAGCAACCUGCCCCGGCACCGCGUGGUGGUGAUGAGAGGCGCCGGGCACCCGUGCUACCUGGACGACCCGGACGCCUGGCACGCGGCCGUCCUGGACUUCCUCCAGACGCUGUGAGCGCCUGUGCAUCAGAAGGUGCCCGGUCACUCAGAAGACUGCAAACCGUCCGCAUCGCCGCUUAAUCACGCCAAUAAUGAACCAGACCCCACGUGUUCUCCUGCAAAUCUGUAGUAAAUGAAUGAAGAUUUUUUUUUGGAAAUACACUGACCUUUUCCUGUUAAGAGAGGAAACCGUGAAAAGAUGGACCGGUUCUGUUAAUGACUAGCACUUUUGAAGUACCCCCUUGACCUGAAUAGGCUGAAAUUAAAGUAGUAUUUUCACAGUUUGGGUUUUACACUACAUGAAAACUGACUGCACCCACUUUGCCCCGAAACCUCAUGACAACGAUAACCUCAUAAAAGCACAAUGAUGUUAGAGUUGCUCUACUGGAUUAAUGCAAACUGUACCGGUGUACCUAAUAAAGUGGCCACUACCAAUAUUCCACAUUCCAUUCUUAAUAAUAAACUGAUAAUUUUACAUGAUUGUCUAACGAUUGUGAUCUUCUCCUAUAAAACUGUACCACAAGUUACCAUUUGAAGCACCUGAAUAAACUGUUCUACUGAAAAACAG